CGGCGCGUGCGCAGAGGGCGGCGGGCGGGUGGGCUGGCAGCGUUGGACGCGUCGGAACCGCGGGCGGUCAGCAGGAAUUUGACCCUCUGGGGCAUGAAUACUGUGCUAUUCAGUUCUGGACUGUGCUAGUAGGACCCUAAAACGGAAGAGCAAUGGCUGCAGCAGCUGCUUCUCACCUGAACCUGGAUGCCCUCCGGGAAGUGCUGGAAUGCCCCAUCUGCAUGGAGUCCUUCACAGAAGAGCAGCUGCGGCCCAAGCUCCUGCACUGUGGCCAUACCAUCUGCCGCCAGUGCCUGGAGAAGCUGUUGGCCAGUAGUAUCAAUGGUGUGCGCUGUCCUUUCUGUAGCAAGAUCACUCGCAUAACCAGCCUAACCCAGCUGACAGACAACCUGACGGUGCUGAAGAUCAUUGAUACAGCUGGGCUCAGUGAGGCCGUGGGGAUGCUCAUGUGCCGGGCCUGUGGGCGGCGUCUUCCCCGGCAAUUCUGCCGGAGCUGUGGCUUGGUGUUGUGUGAGCCCUGCCGGGAGGCCGACCACCAACCUCCCAGCCACUGUACGCUUCCUGUCAAAGAGGCCGCAGAGGAACGGCGUCGAGAAUUUGGAGAGAAGUUGACCCGCCUGCGGGAGCUUAUGGGUGAGCUGCAGCGGCGGAAGCUAGCCUUGGAAGGUGUGUCUAAGGACCUUCAGGCAAGGUAUAAAGCAGUUCUCCAGGAGUACGGGCACGAGGAGCGCAGGAUCCAGGAUGAGCUGGCUCGCUCUCGGAAGUUCUUCACAGGCUCCCUGGCUGAGGUUGAGAAGUGCAAUAGUCAGGUGGUCGAGGAGCAGAGUUACCUGCUUAACAUUGCAGAGGUGCAGGCUGUGUCCCGCUGUGACUACUUCCUGGCCAAGAUCAAGCAGGCAGAUGUAGCACUACUGGAGGAGACAGCUGACGAGGAGGAGCCAGAACUCACUGCCAGCUUGCCUCGGGAGCUCACCCUGCAAGAUGUGGAGCUCCUUAAGGUAGGCCAUGUUGGCCCCCUACAAAUUGGACAGGCUGUGAAGAAGCCCCGCACAGUUAACAUGGAAGAUUCCUGGGCCAUGGAAGCUGCAGCCUCUGCUGCCUCGACCUCUGUUACAUUUAGAGAGAUGGACAUGAGCCCCGAGGAAGUGGUUGCCAGCCCUAGGGCCUCCCCUGCGAAACAGCGGUGUCCUGAGGCAGCCUCCAGUAUCCAGCAGUGCCUCUUUCUCAAGAAGAUGGGGGCCAAAGGGAGCACUCCAGGCAUGUUCAAUCUUCCAGUCAGUCUCUACGUGACCAGUCAAGGCGAGGUGCUGGUUGCAGAUCGUGGCAACUACCGUAUACAAGUCUUCACCCGCAAAGGCUUUUUGAAGGAAAUCCGCCGCAGCCCCAGUGGCAUUGACAGCUUUGUGCUAAGUUUCCUUGGGGCUGAUUUGCCCAAUCUCACUCCCCUUUCAGUGGCCAUGAACUGCCAUGGGCUGAUUGGUGUGACUGAUAGCUAUGAUAAUUCCCUCAAGGUAUAUACCUUGGAUGGCCACUGCGUGGCCUGUCACAGGAGCCAGCUGAGCAAACCAUGGGGCAUCACAGCCCUGCCAUCCGGCCAGUUCGUAGUAACUGAUGUGGAAGGUGGAAAGCUUUGGUGUUUCACUGUUGACCGAGGAGCAGGGGUGGUCAAAUACAGCUGCCUCUGUAGUGCUGUGCGGCCCAAGUUUGUCACCUGUGAUUCUGAGGGCACCGUCUACUUCACCCAGGGCUUGGGUCUCAAUCUGGAGAAUCGGCAAAAUGAGCACCACCUGGAGGGGGGGUUCUCUAUUGGAUCUGUGGGCCCUGAUGGCCAGCUGGGCCGCCAGAUUAGCCACUUCUUCUCUGAGAAUGAGGAUUUCCGUUGCAUUGCUGGCAUGUGUGUGGAUGCUCGUGGUGAUCUCAUUGUGGCUGAUAGCAGUCGCAAAGAAAUUCUCCAUUUUCCUAAGGGUGGAGGCUACAGUGUCCUCAUUCGAGAAGGACUUACCUGUCCAGUGGGCAUUGCCCUUACUCCUAAGGGUCAGCUGCUGGUCUUGGACUGUUGGGAUCAUUGCAUCAAGAUCUACACCUACCAUCUGAGAAGAUAUUCCACCCCUUAGGGGAAAGAAAUACCAGUUUCUUCUGCUCGCCAGCCAGCUUCCCUUCCCUUAGUCCUUGGUUGUUGAUGGUACUACAGAGUAGGUUUAGCCUAUGUCCUAAUUCCAGCUGGGUAGUCCUAAAAUUUUAGAAACUGUAUCUUUCAGCGUUUUUUAUAUGUUGUUAUUUCUCCCCAUCUCCCACCUAAAUUUAGAGCUUUACCAGAUGUACUGUCCAAAUAGGACAUAUGAUAGUGUUAGUUUGUUUAGACAUUAACACUUCCCAGGCUUCAGUAGAGAGAGCCAGUGUAGCCUUUUGCCCUGUGUUUGAAAUUUGCCCCUGUAUUAAAUCCUUGCUGAUUUCUUGCUUUUGGCUUUGAUGUCCUUGGUCCAUUGUUUCCUCCCUAUUAUUAUGUGCUUCAUCUGUAAUACUUUCUCUUCAAAUCUGGUUGGUUUCAGUGUGCAUGCUCCAGGAGGAUCUUCUGUACCUUUCAGUGACACUUCCGACAUCGUAUUCCUGCAGCUUGAUGUCUCAGGUCUGAUCACCUUUACUUGUGUGAAGGCUUAUUCAUUUAGUCCCACCAAAGGUAAUAUACAAUCCCUUUAAGAUGCAGUACCUCUCGGCUGCAGGAUCUAUGCCAUCUUGGAUUUGUCUGCCGUGGUAGAUGUGACAAAGAAUGGAUGGACCCUAGUUGGUUGGUGUUGAAGACUUCAGCCUGGAAAUUGCUUGCAUUAUAAAGAAGCACAUACAGAUAGGCAUCAUGCCAAACAUAGGAAGAUGGGAAUAAGCAAACCUAAAUAUUAAUAUUGUCAGCAAACUUGAAUAGUCUCUAGGCCUCAUCAUUUUUAAUACUGCCUCUCUACUGGCCUGUGCUAAGAGUUGUCUGAGGAAUUGUACAACAUAGGCCAGUGCCAACAAAAUGGGGAGGUACAUGUAUCUCAUUUUCAUUACUAAAACAGACAAAACUAUUGGAUCGUUAUUCUGUAUUUUCCUCAAAUGAGUGCAUACUAUUUGGUUUUAAGAUUUAUUUCCAUUCCUCUAUCAAGCAUUAAAUAAUUGGUAACUGUUUCUUUA